UUCACUUCAAAGUUUGAUUGCGGAUUUACUAAUGAUUAAAGAAAUACACGUUUGAAAAUGGUUACGUGGAUAGAGCUUAAAAAUUUUAUGUGUCCAUCAUGUCAUCGGAAAAAGGAGGAUGAACCAAGUGAAAAAUUUAAAUGGGUUUGCAGACAAGACAAUGAUCAGAUUUUGUUGAAUGAGUUAGGAAUGAUGAAAUGUUCGAAUGGGACACAUAUCGCUAAAGUAAUCAACUGGAGGUGGAAAUGUGACAGAAGUAGCCAUAAAGGAGACUUUACAGCAGCAGACAUGGAAGGUUUCACUUUUGCCCUCUCACAAGCAGUCCAAUUGUUGGGGAACGGGGGAUCAAAAUGGGUAGCUUCACUUAUCACUCAUUUAGGAGAGCAAUAUGAACAAUGAAACAAAUGGCACAACUGAUUUUCAUAAGUGUGAUACAGCAAGAUAUUUGAGAGGUCUUCAUUCUGACGGAUAAUCGUCAAUUUUGACUAUGUUGAUAAAUAAAACACCAGCUAAACAUGAACAGUCUGCAAACAGUUUUAAUUCCAUUUGAACCAGUCAUCAUACUUCAUCAACUCUGUUUUGUGUGUUUUGUGUUUUACAAAGUUGGCUUUCUGGUAAAGAGAGCAGUCCUGUUUUGUAUCUGUAUAAUCAUGUUAAAGAUUCUUUUGUAUAUGAAAAUUAUCUUGAUAUAAUACCAAGUACUUUAAGGAAGUAUCUUACAAGAAUUAGUAUAUCUUCGCAUUCAUUACAUGUGCAAACUGGUAGUUUUCAUAGAAAUAGAAUUGUUAGAAAUGAAAGAUAUUGUUUAUAUUGUAAUCUACAUGACGUCGAAGAUGAAUACCAUUUCAUUCUAAUUUGUCCUUGUUAUAUUGAUAGAAGAAAAAUAUAUAUAUAAAGAUACUAUUAUAUAAGACCUAGUAUGCUUAAAUUCACUGAUAUGUUAAAAUCAAACAAUAGAAGUAUACUUUUAAAUUUAUCCUUGUAUGUACGAGAUGCAAUGUCUCAUAGAAAUAAUUUAGAUAUAGUAGAUACAACUUAAUACAUUGUAUAUUAAUAAUUCAUCCUCUAUAUUGAUAUGAAAGAGACAUGUUUAGAUCCGAUCUUGCGAUUUUUAGUAUGUAUUGUAAAAUUGUUUAUUUAUGUAUGACGAUGUAUAAUUGUACAAGUCAAAAAUAAAGUAUCUGUUCUGUUCUGUUUAAAUUCGUAUAUGUAUAAAAUACUUAUAGUUUUCAUAUUUUUACGCCACGAAUUUUGUUUGUCACGAGAAUCUGGUAUAUAUACAUGUAGUCGCAUGUUAUGUUAGAGACAUUUUUGUAUGAGCUCAUUUAUAUUUGUUUCUUUCUUUUGGUGAAUAAAGUUUAGUUAUAUACUUGUU